GUCUUGAAAAGACAAUAAAACCUCGUCAAAAUUAUUACUAGACAUUAUAGAGCCGAAUCUAAAUCACUACACAUAGUUUGAGGGUUUUUUUCGGUAAUUUUCGCAACAAAAUCUGACACUUUACACCCGACAUGUCACUCAAAUGACAUUUACGACCAUUGAAGUAACAAGAGUUAGAGUGUGAGAGUUGGGGGCAAAAAUAACAGUUUUUGGAUCAAAAACGUAUUAUUAUAACACUGAAUCAUUGAAAAAACAACWAGGGCCCGGUUUUGAGGUUAGAAUGGGGGAGCUGGACUAUCAAAUGGCGCUCAUUUUGCAACAUCGUUUCGAGCAGGAAUCAGACCAAAAUGAACAGUCUGAUUUAGAAUUGGCCAAACAUUUACAAGAACAGUUCAAACACGAAGCUGAAAUUGAAAAACCGUCCAGUCUUGUUUACCAUUACCCCAAAACGGGGCUCAAUUCGAGUAAAUCGCUCAUAGACCCGUCAUGGGAACUCGUGGACCCCACCCCCGACAUUCACGCUCUUUUCAUCGCGUUUGAUAAACGUUUUUUCUGGAACAAAUUGGUAGCGGUUUGCGUUUCCUGGAGCAAAAGGAUGACGUCCUGUGCCGGGGUUUGCUCGUAUAAUGGCAGAGGGGGGCUGUGUAGUAUCACACUGAGCGAACCUUUGCUUAAAUUAAGGCCGAGGAAGGAUUUGGUUGAGACUCUUUUACACGAGAUGAUUCAUGCGUAUUUAUUUGUCACUCAUAAUAAUAGGGAUCGAGAUGGGCACGGGCCGGAGUUCCACAAGCACAUGUAUCGGAUCAAUAACGAGGCUGGGACUAGUAUCACUGUUUACCACGAUUUCCAUGACGAAGUUCGGUUGUAUCAGCAGCAUUGGUGGCGCUGCAACGGGCCUUGUCAGCACCGAAAGCCCUAUUUUGGUACGGUGAAGAGGGCUACGAAUAGGGCUCCGGGGCCCAAUGAUAGAUGGUGGGCGGAGCAUUUGCGCACUUGCGGUGGGACAUUCAUUAAAGUAAAAGAACCGGAAAAUAAGAAACAGAAAAGUGUGAACGRCGUGAAGAGUAAAGAACCGGAAAAUAAGAAACAAAAGAGUGUGAMCRGUGUUAAGAGUAAAGAUAUYAGAGMUUUUAUKUCCACCAACAAUGUGAAGGGUUUCAAAGACUUGAAAAACACAGUUGUUAGAGGAAAAAACAAUUCAUCUAGUACUAUAACAGUCACUAAAAAUAAAAACACUAGUGAGAGUACUUUUAAGCCAACUAUUUUUAAUACCACUGAACUAAAAAGUGCUAGUCCUAGUACUAGUACUACUACUACUACACAGACAGACGAUUUCGUUGCCGUCCGAAACCACUGGGCCAACAAAUUCAAUAAUAAGAAGAGACCCUCAGAGGAGCCAACGACUGUUUCAAAAAUUCCUAAAUUAUCUGUUUCUCCACCUAGCACMCAAAAAAUUCCCAAUGAGUGUUGUGACUGUCCUGUUUGUAAUAAAAAGGUCCUAAUGGCUGAUCUAAAUCAACACCUGGAUGUAUGUUUGAUUAAGUCACCMRAAAAAGGGGAAAGUAUAGAUCUUACCACUUCUUUUCAUGGAGAUGAAACACGGGAUUGCCCCCUUUGUGGCCAACAAAUCACAAGUUGUAGUUUUGAUAUUCACGUUGAGAAGUGCAUAAUGCAGGUUUGUGACAGAGUGGAGGAUGAUUUGGGUCAAGAAAUGGUUUCGUGUUUAGCUUGUGGGAAGAAAAUUGUAAAAAGUGAACUUAACUCGCAUUUGGAUGAAUGUAUCGUUGAUAUUUUUGAUGAAGACAAAGAAGAUUGUGAUAAGAAAAAUAGUUCUCAGUUUAAUUGUCCUUUCUGUUUGAAAUUGGUGGAGGAAGUUGAAAUGAAACAACAUAUUGAUGGGUGUAUAGAGGCUGAUGAUUUUGCCGAGGCCUUGUUGGACGAUGAUUUUUGAUUAUUUUUGUUACUUUUGUAUUUUUUACUGUGCCAAAUAAAAUUUUUCGAUACUUUG